AUGAAGAUAUUUGGAUUCUUUGGCAUUUUGAUUAUUGCUAUUAUAUUUGUGGCUCUUGAAGCAAAACGUUUACCAAUCGAAAAUGCAGAUGAUUUGGAAUUAUCUGAUAUUGAUGCUCGCUCAUUUUUGAAGAAGCACGAUGAAAACAGUUUUGAGGCACAAAUGAAUAAUCCAGAUUGUGUCCUAUGCAAAUUCAAUAUGAUACCAUGUUGUAAACCUAAUCUGUGCAUUAAAAAACGUUUUCGUCCAGAUGAAUGUUUAGAACUCAAGCCACGAUAA